GUCAAAUGUCAAUCGAAUCUAAAGAUAGGUUAAAAGUUUGUUUAUGUAAACUGUAAUUCUUGUGUACUAAUUAUUAUUUAAAGAAUAUUUGGUAAAUUGUGAAUGAUUAAUUGAUAAUUAAGGCAAUAAAAAUAUCAAAAUGCAUCGGCGCGGUGGUAAAAGAAUCCGGAUGGACGAUCCUCCUCCUGAAUAUGAAAAUCCUAUGAUGACUCCUCACUUGGAGCAGGAUAAUUAUGGAGGGAAUUAUAUGCAACAAAAUCUUUAUGGCGAUAAUAGUUAUGCUGAUCAAUCUGCUGAUUUUGAAUCGCCCCCAACACCUGGUAUGCGAAGAGUUACUAGGUCUAAAGCUAGAGGUUUAAACAAUCCUCCACCAGCUCCUGUCAUAUCUCCAUCUUAUUCACCACCUAGUUCGGGCACAAGAGGAAGAGGUAGAGGUCGACCACCAGGUAGAAAAAAUACUGUAGGGGAAAUCAUACAUAGCAGAGAUGAUGAUGACUCUUUAUAUCAUACAAUCAAAAAUAGCAAAAAUUCCUUGGCUCAUAUUGUUGAUGACUGGAUAGAGAGCUACAAACUUAAUAGAGAAGCCGCACUGAUCUCUCUUAUGCAGUUCUUCAUAAAUGCGUCUGGUUGUAAAGGCCGCAUUACUCAGCAAAUGCAAGCCUCCAUGGAACAUGCUGCAAUUAUCAGAAAAAUGACUGAGGAAUUUGAUGAAGAAAGUGGUGAAUAUCCCUUGAUUAUGGCAGGACACACUUGGAAAAAGUUUAGACAAAAUUUUUGCGAUUUUGUACAAACGUUAGUGAAACAAUGUCAGUAUACUAUUAUAUAUGAUCAGUUUUUAAUGGAUAAUGUUAUCUCUUUACUUACUGGAUUGUCAGAUUCCCAGGUCAGAGCAUUUAGACAUACUGCAACUCUGGGUGCUAUGAAACUAAUGACAGCUCUAGUCGAUGUGGCGCUGACAGUCUCUGUAAAUUUAGAUAACACUCAACGACAAUAUGAAGCUGAAAGACAAAAAACAAGAGAGAAACGUGCUAGUGACCGAUUGGAAGCUUUGCUGGCCAAAAGACAGGAAUUAGAAGAAAAUAUGGACGAAAUAAAGAACAUGUUGACUUACAUGUUCAAAUCUGUUUUCGUACAUAGAUAUAGGGAUACAUUACCAGAAAUUAGAGCCAUUGCUAUGACAGAGAUUGGAGUUUGGAUGCAUAAAUUUCAUGCUAACUUUUUGGAUGACUCUUACCUAAAGUAUAUUGGUUGGACUUUGCAUGAUAAGGUCGGUGAAGUACGUUUAAGAUGUCUGCAAGCUUUGCAACCUUUAUAUGCAAGCGAAGAACUAAAAGGAAAGCUGGAACUUUUCACAAACAAAUUUAAAGAUCGUAUAGUUGCUAUGACUCUCGAUAAAGAAUAUGAAGUUGCAGUUCAGGCUGUCAAAUUAGUAAUUUCCAUUUUGAAACACCACCAUGAAAUAUUGACUGAUAAAGAUUGUGAACAUGUCUAUGAAUUGGUCUAUUCAUCACAUAGAGCUGUUGCGCAGGCAGCUGGCGAGUUCUUAAACGAACGCCUCUUCCAACCUGGAGACUUAGAUUCCGGGAAAACAAAAAGAGGAAAGCGACGCCUACCUAACACUCCGUUCAUACGAGAUCUUGUGCAGUUUUUCAUCGAAUCUGAACUUCACGAGCAUGCCGCAUACCUGGUCGAUUCUCUUAUAGAGUCAAACACUAUGAUGAAAGACUGGGAGUGUAUGACUGAUUUGUUACUGGAGGAGCCAGGCGUACAUGAAGAACCAUUAGAUAACAGACAAGAAACGAGUUUAAUUGAGAUUAUGGUAUGUUGUGUGAAACAGGCAGCGACCGGAGAAGCGCCAGUUGGCCGAGGACCCACUAGAAAGAUGAGUUCAAUACGAGAAGUGAAACAGGCUGGAGAAGAUAAACAAAAACUAACCGAGCAUUUUAUAGUAACUUUACCUCAACUGUUGGAUAAAUAUUCUGCUGAUCCUGAAAAAUUAGCAAAUCUAUUAAGUAUACCUCAAUAUUUUGAUUUAGAUUUAUACACAAGUGGAAGACAAGAGGGAUCACUUCAAGCACUUUUAGUGAAACUGAAAUAUAUUGUUCAAGUUCAACACGAACCAGAGGUUUUGGAAACAUUAGCAAAAACUUUGGAAACCGUUUGCACAGAAGGUCACUCUAUUUUUACCAAGUGUGAUGUGGCCAGAUCGACUAUUAUCGAUAUGAUUGUUGCUUCGUAUAAAGAAGCCAUCGAUGAUUGGAGAAAUUUGAUGCUUGGCGAAGAAACUCCCAAUGCGGAUGAAGUGUUUAAUGUAAUCAGUUCUCUGAAAAAACUAUCGAUGUUCUAUGCUUGUCAUAAUUUAAAUAGCUGGGGUUUAUGGAAUACCAUGUUUCAGGAUGUACAAGAUUCUGAGACUAACUUGCCUCCCGAAGCCCUUAAGUAUUGCUUAAGUUCCUGCUACUAUUACCUUUUAUGGGGUCUUAGAGACUUGGAGGUAGCUGUCGAAGGAGGUGGUUUAACUCACUCUGGAAUUCAAGACAUGCGAGAUAAACUGGACGAUUUCAUUGAAGCUUCACAAAUGCUCAUUAAGUCUUCACCGCAUAUUUUAAUCAAGGAGGAAGCAUAUGUUGGCCUGUGCGAUCUUCUGAUAGUUUUCAGUGAACAAUUACAAGGAAGUUCAACAUCUUUAAGUGAAUUAAUCUGUCGACCAGAUGUGAAUCUUCAGGCAUUAUUAAACGAAUUUGUUCAAACGUAUGUAUUUGUUCCCGUACAAGAUUCAGAACACGACGAACUUCGCAUUGAAGGUCUCCAUAAACGGCGUAACUUUUUGGCCGCCUACUGUAAGCUGAUAGUCUACAACAUAAUGCCGACAAAAGCUGGUGCUGAUGUCUUCAAACACUAUGUUAAAUACUACAACGAAUAUGGAGAUAUAAUAAAAGCAACUUUAAGUAAAGCUAGAGAAAUUAAUAAAGUAAACUGUGCAUUAACUAUGUGCUUGAGCUUAAAUAUGAUGUUUAAUGAGGUGCAAAAGUCAAGCACGGGAAAGAAUACAAGACAACAUGAAGAAUUCUUUGCUUUAAAGGAAUUGGCAAAACGAUUUGCGCUGUCCUUCGGUUUAGACGCCGUCAAAAACCGAGAAGCUAUUACAGCUUUACACAGAGCAGGUAUUAUAUUUGCCGUAACAGCUUCAGAGAAUAUAUCAGAUGAUCCGACUGGUCCGCCGCCGAACUUAUCCUUUUUGGAAAUAUUAACGGAAUUUACAAAUAAAUUGCUGAAGCAGGACAAACGAGUUGUCAUGGGCUUUUUGGAUAAAAGAAUUACGACAGGAAUGCCCAGUAGUAGGGGCGAAGAUUGGCAACCUCUUCUUUUGUACAGAAAUUCCUUAUUACAUGGAGAGACGGAUCAGCUACCUACAACAAGUAAACGGGCUUAUGGAAGAAAACGUCAGAAGUCUCCUGAUUCUGAUCAAGAACCAGACGACUUGUCCGAUCAAGAAUUUCCAGGAAAUUUGUAUGGUUAAAAAUAUGUUUUAUUUGUUACGUUUAAUAGAUGGAUCGUAUGAUUAUACUAUGUACUUUAAUUUUAACUUUGUACACUUUAGCUUUAGAAACUAUAUGCUUUGUUAAAACAAUUUAAUAUAUGUCGUUCCAACUUAUGAACUUUUUUUUGAAAAGUUGAAUCAUACCAGAGCCAAUUUGUGAAAACUAAAAAAU